UACAAGCAACUACUAACACCACCAAUUGGUACAUUCAUCCUAUUGCUUCAAUUAAUUCUUUGUAUGAUUAGCAUUAGCUAUGCUUCGUAGGCAGGUGUUUUUCUUUCGGGGGACAAAGUUCCUCUUCAAAGAUUUUUCUUUCAUACCUAUUAGCAUGAAAGCUCACGCAUAUAGAUUGAAAAAGAACAGCCCAAUUUGAGUCACAUCAUCUGAAAUUGUUUGCAAAUCAAAUCCACUAAUCUUCCGAGUGCGUCUUCCUAUGUUUACAGUUUAUUUUCGUAGGUGCCCUUAUCUGCAUUAGUUAUUUAUUGUGUAGCAAUUCUACAUGCUUCAUGAGAUAACAAUGACAUUAUUGUACCUAUGUUACUUUGUUUUGAAAUAAUUCAACAGAUUUCAAGUUUCUCACUAUCAGUCAGUACCACACUAUUUUUGGAAAAAGAAACAUCUUUUAAAAAUUCUUUGCCCAAACUUACAAGUAAGAUGACCCUUGAUGGUAAAUCGGCCGUUGUCAUUGGAGGAGCCGGCGGAAUUGGCGUGGAAAUUUGUAAACAUUUAUUGAUGAAUGGACUAUCUAAAUUAGCCAUCCUGGACGUGAAUGAACUUCCGCAUGAUACCAUAGCCAGCAUUAAACGUUGCAACACAUCUGCGGACGUUUUGUCGGCAACAUGUGACAUCGCAAAUAAGUCGAACCUAAGCGAUGUGCUAUGCAAUCGGGUGAUGAAGAACUUCAGGUAUAUUGAUUUGCUCGUCAACUCGGUAGCAAUUCUAGAUGAGCGAGAUCCAGACCGGAUGAUUGCAGUCAAUUUGACAGGCGUCAUAAACAGUUCACUGUUGGCAAUGAAGCUGAUGUCGAAGGAGCAUCCCGGUGGCAGGGGUGGCACGAUUGUGAACGUUUCUUCAAUUGCAGGGCUGGAACCAUCGUGGAUGUGCGUAUACGCUGCUUCCAAGUUUGGUGUAACGGGGUUUUCGCGAAGCCUAGGUGACGAGCUAAUCUACAACCAAACGGGAGUGAAAUGUCUUACCAUUUGCCCCGGGAAAACGGAUACCGCACUGUUGUCCACGUUUCACGCGAAAGAAAAUUUAUUGUUUUGUCGGAAGGAAUCACAGCCGUCGGAUUACCAAACACAAAGUCCGAGCGUCGUCGGCGAGUGUCUUGUUAAGGCCAUUUUUGACGGAGAAAAUGGUUCAGUGUGGAUCGCAAAUGAAGGCAGAACUUACAAGAUGAAACUUCCAGAAAAUCAGUUUUUGAACCUAAAGGACUCCAAAUAGGUGAAAAUGAUAUAGUUCCGUUGACAAAAGAAAUAUUUUAACACAUUUCUUGUAGUUGUUUGUUGAACUAAUUCUUAAAUUCAAAUGUAUCUUCAUAUUUCAUUCAUGAAAUACAUGUAUAUCUAGGUAUUGUGUGUGUAUGGGUAGUAGUAUGGCACAAUAUGUAUUAUCAAUUAGUAAUGACAAUAUAAUAAAUAGUAUUUUUCAUACACAAGUAUGUUGAGGUUAUGGCUUUCAGUCUUUUGAGGAAUAACUUAAAACAGAUUCUUAUGUUUUCAUCCGACGUUUUUCAAAGCUUGUGUUCAAUACAGGUAUACCUCGAUUGUGGGCAUUUCAAUUUUCGAAAUGUCUAUUAAAUCGAAUUUUACAUUAAAU